CGACAAUAAUGAGGAGACCAGAGAUUAACUGCAACCUCGACAAUAAACACGUAAGACUGAUGCGGAUCGAUUAGAAUCGGAGGAAGAGAAGCAGAAGAAGAAGAAGAAGAAGAAAAAGAGGAGGAGGAAGAACGAAGUAUAUAUUUUUGCGAUUCUAUUUUGGAAUAGAAAUACGCGAGGAGAUUGAGGUGAAAGGGAAGAAGAUGGAAAGAAAGAUGUCGAACAGUUUUUGUACCAAGAUUUGUACGAUGAAUUUCUAUCGAGGAGGAGAAUUUUAAUUGAGAGAAAGGAGUGGAGCGAAAGGGGAAUCAUCACAGAAGCGAAGAAGAGAUGUCUCUGAAUCACAGAUAUUACGUAACAACUGUGCCGGACGAGGGAGAGAACAGCUUUAAAAUGCCCAGGGCUUCCGUGGUGCACAUGACUUCGACGGCGACGAGGCCGCAACACAUGUCACAGGUGUUGGCCACCCUGGCACUGUCGAUGGGAACGCUUUCCUCGGGCCUGGCAAAGGGUUACACCUCGCCCGCCUUGGAUUCCAUCUUGGACAACCAACCGCCUCACCUUUAUCAGUCCACCAACAACGACACGUGGUCGGCUUUCUCGGUGACGCAACAAGAAGCGUCGUGGGUCGCCUCGUUGUCCAUGCUGGGCGCGUGGUUCGGCGCUAUGAUCGGCGAUUGGGUGAUGAGAAGGGGGCGUAGAUUGGCCCUACGCGUCACGUCUUUGCCCCUGGCCGUCGUCUGGAUCCUGACGGGGAUCGCGCCCUGCGUGGAACUGGUCUACGUGACCAGCUUCAUCGGGGGCCUCUGCUGCUCCGUGAUCACCAUGGUCGCGCAGGUAUACAUAUCAGAAAUCUCGAUGCCGGGCAUCAGAGGUUGCCUGUCGGCUAUGCUGAAGGUGCUGGGCCACGUGGGCGUGUUGUUGUCGUAUAUAGCCGGCACGUACUUGAAUUGGAGGCAAAGCGCCCUCCUGGUGGCAAUAGCGCCCUCGAUGCUCUUUUUGGGGACCCUCUUUAUACCCGAGACGCCGUCGUAUCUCGUUCUGAAUGGCAAAGACGACGAGGCUGCCAACAGCUUGCAGUGGCUGCGCGGUGAUCACGUCGACAUACGUCACGAGCUCCAGGUGAUCAAAACGAACAUUCUCGCGUCACGGGCGAAGCAGUACGAGCUCACGUUCAAGAACAGCGUGUUCACGCCUCGUUUGUACAAGCCUAUCGCCAUCACGUGCGGGUUGAUGUUUUUCCAGAGGUUUUCCGGGGCGAACGCGUUCAAUUAUUACGCGGUGAUCAUAUUCAGGCAGACCCUGGGCGGCAUGAAUCCUCACGGAGCUACCAUCGCGAUUGGCUUCGUCCAACUAUUGGCUUCUCUGUUAUCAGGAUUCCUGAUCGAUAUCGUGGGCAGGUUACCGCUUCUGAUAGCCAGCACCGUGUUCAUGUCGUUGGCGUUGGCCGGUUUCGGCAGUUAUGCCUAUUACAUGUCCCAGACGCAAAAUCUGGGAUAUCCGGACUCGGCGGUGGUCGGCCAACACGAUUGGAUACCGUUGCUCUGCGUCCUCGUCUUCACGACCGCUCUGGCUCUGGGCAUAUCGCCAAUUUCGUGGUUAUUGAUUGGCGAGCUCUUCCCCCUCGAGUAUCGCGGCCUCGGCUCGAGCAUCAGCACCAGCUUCAGCUACUUCUGCGCGUUCGUCGGGAUUAAGCUCUUCAUGGAUUUUCAGCAGACGCUCGGUCUACACGGGGCAUUCUGGUUCUACGCGGCGGUCGCCGUAUGCGGUCUGUGCUUCGUGGUCUGUUGCGUGCCUGAGACAAAGGGGAAACAGCUGGACGAGAUGAACCCGGACUACGCCCAGGCGCGGUAGUAUAAGGCCUCGUUAACGGGGGGCCUGUCGAAUUUCGAAAAGUCCAACAAACCCCUGCCGGGAGGUGCGUACCCGAAUCAACACGAUCCGCGCGAGUUGUACGAUAGGGGUUGCGCUCCGACCGACACCGGUACGUCCUCCGCGCGCCACGCGCCCAAUCGUCGAAGCCUGUUCACCGAUUGCUGCAACAUGUUCGCGGAGAGGACGAACAGGAUCGGCAGGAACGUGGGCAACUUCGUCCAAUCCCGGGGCGGUUCCCUGUUCUCGGCAGGCCGCCGUUCCACGGGCGAGGACCCGUUCCGCGGCGGCAAUUCCGCGGCCCUCCAUCCGCGAUCGUGCAACGGGGACGUGGUGAAGCACGAUUACAGCCGUUUCUUCAACCCUGUGGAGGAGGACGAGGAGGAGGCGGCGACUCGCUCGCGGGAGGAGGAUCGUCAACGAUCGUACGGGCGGAAUCGUCGGGUCGGGAGGACGUACGUCCGCGGCAAGGGUGUCUACCUCUCCACGGGGGAGGAGAGGGUGGCCGACGGAGGGAUGGAGAUGAGACCGCGACGGGGGGUCGGCGAUUACGCGAUUACGCGCGAGGGGGGGAGGAGGGCGGACGUCGACUCGGCUAAGCCGAUAAUGGUGGGGAACGGGAGGAUUUGCAGCAGCAGCAGCAGCUCGACUCUGCCCAGGACGCGGGGCAGGACCAUCAAUUUCGGGGAUCAGCGGGGAUCGGUUUACCCCCGGCUGGGAUCGCGGCGGGCCUGUCCGGGGAGAAGCUUGCAGGAGCUGUCGGAUCUCGAGCUGGAGGACGGGAGGGGGGCGAGGGGUCUCGCGUCGUCGAACGCCGCGGCGAGUGAGUGGAGGGGUGGCGAGGACAGGGUUGCUUCGCUCGACGAGGAGUCAUCCGGUUGGCAUCGGCGCCGAUACGGGUACAGUCGGGAGGACCGACUCGGGGAUGACGAUUACCUCAGACUGUACAGGAGUUUGUCCAGGCUGAGCAAAUAUCCCCAAGGGGGCAAGUACGAGCCCGGUCAGGUGCACUACGAGAGGGAAUGCAGGACGUUCGGCAAGGACACGGUCGCGUUCAUCUAUUACAAAACUUGCUACUUGUGAUGCACGAGGAGGGAUCGAUCGAGGGGGUUGUCCGUUCGACAAGGAUCGGAUAAUUUGGUCCAGUUGGGAGGGGUUCCAACUCGAGGAGGAGUUCCCGAUGUUUAAAAUCGUUCCGGGAUCGAGCCUCCCGCAAGAAAUAAUCUCGUUUCCCGGUAUCGAAGAGUAUUGGAAAAAAGAAAGAAGAUUUUGAUUUCUGUCCUGAGCAAGAUCUCAUUACACGACGGCGUUAGAUUACCGAGUUCCUUGAUUUGAUACGAGCUUUUUCCGUUCGCGAGUCGAUAGAAAUAUAUGGACGAGAUAAUUAUUUCGAGUAAUUGUACAAGAUUGGUCGGAAACGAAAGAACGAUUGUUGUCCUAACGACCAUCUUAUUAAAAUCACGCUUGACGCGCGAUGGGUGUCGACAUUCUAAAGAAGACUUCGUAUGUAAUAAAAAAAAAAAAAAGAAAAGAAAAGAAAAGAAAAAAAAGGAAAGGUACAAUUUAUACGACGAUAGAAUAGAGGUAUAAAAAAAAAAAAAAUUAAAUAGGGGAUAAUUGUUAAAAGAAUAAGAGUACGUUCAAACGAUUAAUUUUUUCCCUCCCUCCUCUGACCAGUUUUAUGCUCACUUUCGAUAAUUAUCGUAAAAGAAAUCAAAGUCGACGAGUAAGAUCUCUUUUUUCAAAAACGACACGACUGAAUUACGUAAAUUAGAUAGACCCAUCUUCGUGAUCUGCCUUGUGAGAAAAAACGAUGCUCGAACGAUAUUUUGACCAAGAAGCGCAUUAAAUUAGCAUACAGUUAUUUUCAGUAGCUAUAUAUAUAUAUAUAUAUAUAUAUCAAACGAAUUCUUGCAAGUAUAUAUAUAUAUAUGUAUACAUUCGAAAAGAUGGAUCUCGUUGGAACAAUAAUAAUAUAAAAAAAAAAAAGAUAAAUAAAUAAAGAACGCUCUUCCGUGCAACGUGCCUUUUCUGAGAGCACGCAAAUACGAUAUAUAUAUACACAUAGACGUACAGAUAAUAACGCAGAAUACGUAUAAAUUAUACAUAAAAAGAAAAAGAAAAAAAAAAAAAAAAGAAAAUGAUAGUCGUACAUACAUACAUACACGUGUAUACAAUAAAUUGUUUAGAAUAGAAUCGAUAGACUGGUCCGUCGAUUGUCUAGACGUUUCACCCGUGAUAUUUUCAACUAAAAGAAUUUCCAAAAUAACACGCGAGAAAAGAAGAGCUAAUUAAAAUACAAAACGUGAUAGCGUGAUACAAAAUUUCAGAGAUCCAUUUUCUUUCAAAAGCGCACGAUUGAUCUUCGAGCUCUGAAAUGAUUUCAGAGCAUCAAUUGAUUCGAUACCACGUUGAAGGAAAUUUUAUUCUAUGCUAUUA